AUGGAGCCGGCUACACAAAAAGUAAACUGGACGCGACCAGAUGUGCCAUUUAAAUUACUGGAUAGCUGGAUCGGUGUGACAGACCCGAAACUGAGAAAGACGUUGCAGAAUCGACUCAAUCAACGCGCUCACAGACGCCGACAGCGAGCUCAACGACAGCAACAAAAGCAACAACUUGUUCUUCAAGGAGCACCAAAAAAAGAGUCUAAACAACUAUUGACAUCCACAUCCAAUCCUCCUCGCUCACUCAACCAUAUCAGCUUUUGCUCUGCUUGCGGCUCUCAAAAGCCAGACAUUGCUCUUGAACAACUCGAAACCCUAAUUCGCUUCGAAUUCGCCAACGGCUCCCCUAGGGCCGACCUGCUGCUCGGACUAACGCAGCUAAACAUAGUUCGCGCCCUGUUCACCAAUAGAGAUAUCCUAGGCUACAAGGCCAGCGAUAUGCAUGACGAUGCACUAUCAGCAUUCAACCAGUACCUGAAUCUGGGACCUGUGGAAUCCCAAUUUGUCGCCAAAGGGACAAAUCCGGAGUUACCGCCGUCAUUGCAACCGACUAUAACCCAGUACACGAUCCCUCAUCAUCCCUGGCUGGAUCUUAUCCCGAUCUCGAAGCUGCGCGAUAACGUGAUUCGAGCGGGUGAUUCUAUCGACGAUCUCAAACUAUGUCAUGAUAUGUGUGGUUAUCGUGUCUCGACGACGGGCAUUGUAAUUUGGAAAGAGCCAUGGGAUCCGUCCGGAUAUGAGGUUACGGAGAGGUUUUUGGAGCUUUGGGGGUGGACUGUCGAAGACUGUUGGGAAUUGUUUGAGUCGACUGACAGAUGGCGAGUGAAGCGAGGAGAGAGGCCUUUAUUUGCAUCACUUCGAAAAUUGACUCCAUAUAUACCAGGCUAA